AUGAUGUUUGCAUUAAAAUCAUACAUAUAUGAUUUAUAUUUCCAAGUUUAUGCUUUCAUAAACUCAUCCAUUUUUUUAAUAUUAUCGCCAUUUUUUAUACUCUUCAAUUUAUAUAAAAAUAAAACCUUUGAACAACCAAAAAAUAUUAUUAUUACAGGAGCAUGUGGUGGUUUAGGUGGACAACUUGCAACCCAAUAUUCAAAACCAGGUACAGUUAUUUCAUUAUUUGGUAUGAACAAUGACCAAUUGCUCACUGUUCAAAAGAAAUGUAUUCGAAAAGGUGCCACAGUAGAAAUUAAUGUUGUAAACAAUUCAGAUAGAGAAUUGCUAAAAAAGAAACUUUUAGAUUUUGAUGAUAGACAUCCAGUUGAUUUAUUAAUAGCCAACGCAGGUCUAAUUGAAAGUCAGGUCCCAAGCGAAUUGGAUUUAGAAGAAAAAACUCAAAGAGUUGUAGAAGUAAAUGUUUUUGGUAUGAUGAAUACAGUUUUACCAUUAGUUCCAAGAUUAGAACAAAGAAGAAAUGGCCAAAUUUGUAUCAUAUCCUCAUUAUCAAGUUAUAUUGAUUUCUUUUACCCAGGUUAUUCUGGUUCUAAAAGCUUUUGUAAUGCUUUUGCUUUAACUCUUCGUAGAAGACUCUAUGAAUAUGGUGUCGGUGUUACACUUGUUACACCUGGUUUCCUCGAUACUCCAAUGUCCACUACCCUAAAAAACAGUGUCAAGUUAACUCCAGUAGAUGAAGCUGUCGAACGUAUCCAAAAUGGUUUAAAAAUCAAUGUUGCUCAAGUUUAUUUCCCAUACAACACUUUCCUUUUAACUUAUUGUUUUAACUUGGUCUCACCAAAUUUAAGAGAACCAUACUCACGUUUUGUUUCAUAUUUAAAUCAAAGGGCCACUUUACAUAAUUCUAAAUUUAUUAAAAACAAUUAA